UCGUUGUCUAUGAAAAUGUGUUUGUGUAAUGUGGAGUGUGUAAAUUACAAAGAUUGGAAUUAAAUUAUCUGAAAUUGAAUAUAAAAUAAGAAAGACACAAGUUUUUCUACCUAUUAAUAUUCACAGGUCUUAAAAUAUGCUAUCUGAUGAGUCCAGUAGCGAUUCUGAGACUGGAAGGUUUAAGAGUACAACAAAAAGCCGUAACGAUUCAGCUAAUACGAGCAGAAGAGAAGAUAGCUCAAAGUUCAGUAGGAGACCGAGACCCUCUGACGAUAGAAGCUAUAGAGACCUAAGUAGGAGAAAUGAAGACAGAGAUAAAUUCAGUAGACGCUCCAGAGAACGAGACAGAUCAAGGUACUCUAGGUACUCACCUGUCCGUAGAAGAUCACCGGACAGGCAAAGGCAUAGACGAUCUGCUGAGAGGCAUAGAUACUCUAGAACAUCCAGAGAAAAGUCAAAACCCAGGGAGCACCGCAGCUCUAGCAAGGACAAAAGGUCUAGGUCACAAAAAUCACCAGUAAAAAACAGGAACAUCAAGGAUGAAAUAAAAGAAAUAAUAACUAGUAGAGAAAAAAGUGUAGAAAAAGUUGAACGCAAAAAAUCAUCCUCUCCUGAUAAUACUCCAAAGAUGUCAGUUGUUCUUAAACCUAACAAGCCAGAGAAACAAAAGCAAAAGAGUGAGAGUCCCAUUCUUGUGGAAGAACAUGAAAGUGACAACCAAGAAGUCGUACAACCAGGUUCAUAUUAUAGUAUGAUACCAGCUGUUGUCAAGGAGAAGUCUGAAGAGUCAAGUGAAAUUGAUUCUUCUGAUGAUGAAAAACUGAGAGCUAAACUGUUAAAUUUAGAAAAACAACUACAGAAAACCAAAAAGAAAAAACACAAGAGAAAACAUAAAAAGAAAAGCUCUAAAGAAAGAAGUGACAAUUCAGUGGAAGUGAGCAGUACGACUGAUAUACAUCAAGCCAAAAUGGACAAUACAGUCAGCUCGACAGGGACUCCGGAAGUUACGUCCACACAGAAAAGUAAUCAAAAAGAUAGCAGCGAGGAAGGUGAAAUAUCCAGUGAUGAUUCACAAUCGAGGCUAGACAUUGAUCCAGACGAUUUGAGACACAAGUUGAAGAGGUCUAAAGCCACAGAGGACAAUGUGCAAUCGAAGCUUGAUGUUUGUGGGCCAGCAUUGCCGCCACAUUUAGAGAAGCGGUUCAAAAAAAGUCCAUCGCCUUCAUCUAAAUCAUCCCAAGCACACACUCCACCAGCUAGAUCCAAUAUAGGUCCAUCAAUUCCCGACGACAUACGUAAGGUUUUAGCCGAAAAAAGCAACGACGUAGUGUAUGCCAGUUCUGAAGACGAGGGCAUUGGACCUCUACCAGCCGGAUUAGAAGAAAAAUGGUCUGAGGCUCACCAACUUCUAGAGCAGAGAGCUGUCGAGUUAAAAAUCAAGAAGCUCGACGGAAGUUCAGUGAACAGUUCGAAUGUUAAGUCUCGUGAGCAGUGGAUGCUGGAGUUGCCGGAGGGAAAAGCUAAAUUCAUUGGCCUUGAGGCCCGAACCUUCAGAGCUAAGGAAGGUCCUGACAUGUCUGACAGGUCAGCAUGGACGGACACUCCGGAAGAGAAGGCGCGCAAGGCGGCGGGCGUCGCGAAGGAGGAGGACUCGAGCACCGCGCUGCAGCGGGAAGCGCGCGAGAGACACAUCGCCUCCAGAGACGAGGAACAAGAGAAGGCUGUGAGGAAACACAAAAAGAAACACAAGCGUGAAGAAAGUCUACUAGAGAUUCAUCAGAAAAAAAUUAAAAAGAAGAAAAAGAAGGAGGAGAAAGACGACGAUAAGAAGGAGCGUCGCCCGUUCAGCCGCGACAUCGACCUUCAAGUCAACCGCUUUGAUGAAGCACAGAAAAAGUCCAUCAUCAAGAAGGCACAGGGUCUCAAUACCAGAUUCUCUAGUGGUGAAGCGAAAUACUUGUGAGGUGUUUUACAUGUGUACAGAUUCAGAACUUAAUGAAAUAAUAUUAUGUAAGUACCUAAAUAUAUGGGUACAA